GAAUAAAAAGCGCGCUCUACGGUUUUCAAGGUAAAGUUUGAACAAAAGCUAUUCUUACAAUAGAUAUGUGUUUUAGAUUCAUCAGUUGACAUACGCGACGUCUGUCGAUAUGUCUGUAGCAGAUUCAGAUAAUUCACAUAUAGGGAUUGUAAUGUAGUUAUUGCAGAUCUCCAACGUCCUUUUGACGUUAGUUAAAUAGGAUUUCUUAUAGACUUUCACAGCAUAUAUAUUACGCUACAGGCGGCUUUCUGCAUUAAAGGUGGUGGUUGCUUGACAUUGAGAAAAUUUCUGAACAAAGCAAUUUCCAAUAAAAAUAACUCAUCUCAUAGGGUGCAAUGCCUUUAUUCAUCAAAGCUGUCUACAAUUUAUAGCUUUUCAUUUAUCAUCCUACAAGGAUAAUGUUCUUAUUAUUCUAAUCUAAAGCCUCAGAUAAUCGAGUAAGGGAUUAUCAAACGUUUUAUCAUGGUUCUCUCGUUGUUUGAUCUGUCAUUCAGUACAGUCAGUCGUGAAAUACACACUUUCUAAUGUGCUUGCCGCAAAAUUCACAUAGAUAUUGGUACAAAGGGGCAGCAAAUACAUAUGCGCCACACUAGUCUUUUCAUUUAUAUGUGAAGCUUUACUUUGUUGUCUGCUUGUGUCAUAAUCUAGUUUAGAUUUAGUAACCACAAUUAUCAUUUACCCAGUAGGAAAGUCAAAAAAAUGUAAGCAAGCUUUCAACUGGACUAAUUUAUUUUUGAGCAUCUUGUUUACACUUGAAACGCAUAUUUUACUCAUCUAAUGAGUAGUGAAGUCCCUAAUUACUUCUUAAAAUUCACUCUAACUGGUCAUACAAAAGCAGUCUCAUCAGUAAAAUUUAGUGAAAAUGGUCAGUGGUUGGCAAGUUCAUCAGCUGAUAAAUUAAUCAAAGUAUGGAAUGCUUAUGACGGGAAAUUUGAAAAAUCUAUCAGCGGUCAUAAACUGGGAAUUUCAGAUGUUUCGUGGUCUUACGACUCAAGAUUUCUGUGUAGUUCCUCCGAUGACAAAACUUUAAAACUGUGGGAUCUCGUCUCUGGCAAGUGCCUAAAAACGCUUAAAGGUCACAGCAAUUAUGUUUUUUGCUGUAAUUUUAAUCCACAGUCAAACCUGAUCGUUUCUGGCUCGUUUGAUGAAAGUGUCAAGUUAUGGGAUGUGAAAACAGGCCGGUGUAUCCGCACACUUCCUGCCCACUCUGAUCCUGUUACAGCUGUUAAUUUCAAUCGUGAUGGUUCGCUCAUUGCUUCCAGCAGUUAUGAUGGACUAUGUCGAAUCUGGGAUACUGGUUCUGGUCAGUGUUUAAAAACAUUGAUAGAUGAUGAUAACCCUCCUGUUUCAUUUGUUAAAUUCUCGCCUAAUGGCAAAUACAUUCUAGCUGCUACACUCGAUAGUUGUCUCAAAUUGUGGGAUUACACUAAAGGUAGAUGCUUGAAAAUUUAUGGAGGGCACAAAAAUGAGAAGUAUUGUAUAUUUGCAAAUUUUUCAGUUACCGGAGGCAAAUGGAUUGUCUCGGGGUCUGAAGACAACUGUAUUUAUUUAUGGAAUUUGCAAACAAAGGAAAUUGUACAAAAACUUUCUGGUCAUAAUGAUGUUGUUUUGUGUACUGCUUGUCAUCCUCAAAUGAACAUGAUUGCUUCGGGAUCGUUAGAGGGCGAUAAAACAAUUAAAAUUUGGACUAGUGAUAAGUGAUUGCUUCUGGUUUAUUAUACUUCUGGAUCCUUGUAUACUAUUUUUUACCUCCAAUGCCCUUUGCCUGUAUAUGUUGUAUCAUCUGUUUUUCAUAUCACAGGUUAUUCAUAUGAACUACAAAUUUAUCGAUUCAUCCUACGUAAAUGAUUCAUUAUUGACAUUUUUUGUUGCAAAAAGGGAAAAUCUAUGUUCUAUUGUAAAUUGCCCGACUAAAACUGUUCGUUUGAGUGUUUCUUUAUCGAUCCUUGUGAAGUGGACUUAUUAUGAAUCCACACCUUAUUACUAAAAUACAGAUACGGUUCAUGAUU